UCUCUCUCUCUCUUUCUCUCUCUCACACACACACUCUCAGUGUGUGUGUGUGCGUGCGUAGGUGAGCAUGCUCAGACUAAUUUCAAUCCCUUUUGUGAAUGGCUGAUUAUCACAAUCUGUAGUUUAAGUUCACGGGGAGCAGCAGCGCUAAAGUCCUUCAGAGUGAGCGAAAGACGAGGGGAAAGAGUCGGCAUGGCCCAGAAAAAUAUCUGUAAGUUGAUGUUCUGAUUAAGUUAAUCUUUUAUAGAUUUUUUUGAGUGACUAAGAACAAAAGCACUAAUAGGACAGCUAGGGUGUAAAUGAAUGGCAGUACUGACAUGGCUGGAUGACACAUAACUAGUUUCACUGAAGCUAAACGCCUUUUGUUCGCUGCCUCAGGUAUCUCACCUGGCUUUGAUUUUAAUCGCUGGCACUUUUGAGACCUAAUUGUAUUGCAUCUGAGAAUGACUCCCGCUUGAAAUCUUAAAGAAAAACAAUGCUAUAAUCAUUUUUAUUGUGGUUUUCACCUCAGGUUGUCAUACCCAAAUGCCAGGCUUUGUAUUCAUGUGGAAUAGAGUUAAAUUAGAAAUGAAAAGGGUAAGAUUCUCUAUGAGUUGAAUUGAUUUCUUUCUUUCUUUUUUUUCUUUUCAAUAACAAGUUACAUGAGCCUAUUGAGCCUGUUGUGAAAUCCAGCAGGAAUUUCUUGUUGCAACAACAGGCAGAUUAGUCUCACUGAGGACUCAUUCUCCCCCUGCCUCCCUCCCUCUUUCCCUCUCUGAAACACAGGUCAGUUCUCCAUCAGGGAAUAUAGAGCCUCAGAUGAACAUGUGGUCAUGUCGCUCUUUCGCGAUGGGAUACUUGAACAUGUAUACCCCGCUUUCUUCAAGGCCCUGAGCCAUCCAGACCAUGUUGGCAUUGCUCUGAGCAUUUCCAUGGCUGGUUAUGUGCUUGGAGGCAGCUCCUACUUCCAAGCUUUACUCUUUGGCAGUGCAUGGGCUGGCCUCAUUUACUACUGCUGUCACGAGAUCUACGACGGCUACAUAACGAGGAGGCUGAGCACAGACAUGGCUGACAUUCAAGCCAACUACCUGGAAAACCCAGAUAACGGUUUCUGGGUGGCGGAGGCAGACGUCAACGGCCAGUCCAAGGUGGUUGGGAUGGUGGCAGUGAUGGGGAAAACGGGAGGGGAGGAAGGUGAGAGGUUUGAUGAUUGCAACGGAGGAGUGAUGGGAGGAGGCGCCGAGUUUGCCCAAGAUGCUGGAGACGGGCGUUACGGCGAGAUGUCCCACAUGGUUGUGGUGUUUCCCUGGCGCCGUAAAAACCUGGGUUCACAGCUGACAAGGAAGGCCCUUGAUUUCUGCAAAGAGCGAGGCUACGCCCACCUCGCUCUGGAUGUCAGCUCGCCGCAGACAGCAGCCGUUUCCAUGUGCCAAAAAUUUGGUUUUGUUCAAACUGCGUCCCACAGUAACACACAUGCUAAUCGCUGGUUCUCCAAAAUGGCCAGAAUAAAUGUAAUGCGAAUGGAGAAGUAUAUUUAAUGCAGAACGGACUUUAGACCUCUGCAGCUGAUGAAACCUCAACCGUACAGCCUAUAAAGAGCGCUUCAGUUAAUUUAUGCUUUCCUUGUGUCAUUUAAUGCAAAAAUAUCUCUUGUUGUGUGAUAGCUGGAUGUUCAUGUCUCUAGCUUGCUAUCAUGUUAGUUUGAAA